AUGGCCGCCCCUCCUCUGGUGUUCGUCGCCGCUGCUGCCAUAGCCGCGCUCGCCAUCCUCGUCCUCGUCGUCUUCGCCUUCCGGCGAUGGUGGCGGCGGCGUGGGCAGCGGCAGCGGCAGCGCCGCCCGCUCCAGACCGCGGCGGCGGCCCCGACCCCGGUCGCUGUCCAGGAUGAGGAUAUAGAUAGGCCUCUUCUUUCUGAAAAUCGGGGCGAUCACUCUAGACAGAGUAAUAGUUUUCUCGGAAGUUCUGUAGGAGAACCUUCGAAGAUUCAAACAAAUAGGAGUAACACUUCGCCUAGAAGCCAUGCAAUUACUGAUACAGGGAGGAUUUAUCCUGCUGAAUGUUGUGCUACACAAGGAGAAACUCAUGUAAUCAAUGUUGAAAAUGAUACUUCUGAAGAGUUUCAAUUAGGAAGCACACUAAAACGUACACCACCACCAAAAUGGCCAACACCUGAUCAGAAGCACAGAAGAAGGGUUUCUGGAGAGGAUAAUCAUAAUGGAAGUGUUUCUCUGAAGGAUAAUACAUAUCAUAGCAUCCUGAAUUUAGAGGUCAUAGCUGGUCCAUCUCAUGGAAUAAGCUGUUCUCGGCAGUCAAGUAGACCUUCUAUGCUCCCAAUAACUCUUGGAAGGGUUCCCCCUAGUGAUUUAGUGUUCAAGGACUCUGAAGUAUCAGGGAAACAUGCUCAGAUAAACUGGAAUGCAAAGACAUUAAAAUGGGAACUUGUGGACAUGGGCAGCUUGAAUGGAACUUUCUUGAACUCCCAGUCGGUUCACCAUCCAGAUGCUCAGUCUAGGCGUUGGGGUGAACCUGCUGAACUUGCACAUGGUGAUAUUAUAACUCUAGGGACUUCAUCUAAACUAUCUGUUCAAAUUUCACUGCAAAAUCAACGAGUUCCUGCUGGUGUUGGUAUGGCAUCCGAUCCAAUGGUGGCACGUAGAAGUGGAAGGAAACUUCCAAUGGAAGACAUAAGCUUUUGCCAGUGUCCUCUGCAGGGUGUUGAACAUUUUGGGCUCUUUGGUAUUUUUGAUGGACAUGGUGGGGAUGGAGCUGCCAAAGCUGUCAGCAAGAUUCUUCCAGAAAAUCUGGGAUACAUUUUGUCUCAUCCUGAAACAAAAGAACGAGUGCAAUCAUGUUCUGACGCUUCUGAUGUUCUUAGAUAUGCUUUUACUUUGACAGAAGACGCAAUCGAUCAUCAGUAUGAGGGAUGUACAGGCACAGCACUUCUUAUUUGGUUUGAUCAGAAUAAAGAUUGUUUUGCCCAGUGUGCUAAUCUUGGCGAUUCUGCUUGUGUAAUGAGUGUCAAUGGAAAGACGAUUGAUAUGACUGAAGAUCAUCGAGUAGCUAGUGCAACUGAAAGAGCUAGGAUAGCAAGAACUGGGCAGCCCCUGAAAGAUGGGGAAGUUCGUCUUAAUGGACUAAAUCUUGCUAGGAUGUUUGGAGACAAAUUUCUUAAGGAGCAAGACUCACGCUUCAGCUCAGAACCAUAUGUGAGCCAAGCUGUUCGUAUCACCAAAGCAUGCACCGCUUUUGCCAUUAUUGCUAGUGAUGGGCUCUGGGAUGUCAUCAGCACUAAAAAGGCGGUACAGCUUGUUGUUGAGGGAAAGGAGAGGAACUCUGGUGACAGCACCUCAGCGGCUAAAGUAGCCAACCGUGUAUUGAACGAAGCUAGGAAUUUGCGAACCAAGGACAACACAUCCGUGAUAUUUGUAGAUUUUGACAUUCUGAGAACAGACCUUUGUAUCGCCAAAUGA